AAAUCGAUAUUAUUUUGUGCAUGUUUGCUCCUAAAUAGCUGGAUCAGAUUCAUUAUGAGCAUAUGUGCGUGCAUGUGUGUUUUCAUUUCCCCCUCAGUGAGAGAGCGUGCGCACACACGUCAGCUCGGGGAGGGCAAAGCCUGCUUAAGAUGCAGUGAAUGUGACAGCCGAGCCGAUAGUCCAGACUACAGCAGUGCGUGGACGGGAAAGGUGAGCGUGGUGGGGGGGCACAAAAUGCCAGCAGAACCUGCUCACCCGCAGCCGUGACGCCGACACACCGACAGAAGAGGAAAAGAAGCGGAGACGCUCAGCUGGUUUCCAAAUACGCGCGGGUGUGUCGGAGGGGGAACAGAGAGGACUGAGGUGCGGGAAGCGUCGCCCUUGUCUGGGGGGGAAAAAUGACAGUGGUGCCCGGAGAGAACCUGGAUGAGACUGUGGCACUGGCCGCGCUGUCAGCCCAGGAUGUGUACGACCCGGAGAGAGUCGAGAACCAGGAGUGCUGCGAGCGGGUGGUCAUCAACAUCUCCGGGCUGCGCUUCGAGACGCAGCUGAAGACACUCGCCCAGUUCCCCUCCACCCUGCUGGGGGACCCGCGCAAGAGGAUGCGCUUCUUCGACCCGCUGAGGAACGAGUAUUUCUUCGACAGGAACAGACCCAGCUUCGAUGCCAUCCUCUACUACUACCAGUCCGGGGGCAGACUCCGGCGACCCGUCAACGUGCCAGUGGACAUUUUCAUGGAGGAGAUUAAAUUUUACGAACUGGGAGAGGAGGUGAUUGAGAAUUUUAAGGAGGAUGAGGGGUUUAUUAAAGAGGAAGAGCGCCCGCUGCCCGACAGCGAGUUCCAGCGGCAGGUUUGGCUCCUGUUCGAGUACCCGGAGAGCUCCGGACCCGCCAGGGGGAUCGCGAUAGUUUCCGUGCUGGUGAUCCUCAUCUCUAUUGUGAUUUUCUGCUUGGAGACUUUACCCGAGUUCAGGGAGGAAGCCAGAACGUUUGACGAGAAGCUGGCGGUGAACGGCACCGCGCGCGCAAAGAAGCCAAACCCGUUCACAGACCCGUUUUUCAUCGUGGAGACGCUCUGCAUCAUCUGGUUCUCCUUCGAGCUGCUGGUCAGGUUCCUCGCCUGUCCGAGCAAACCCGCGUUCUUUAAGAACAUCAUGAACACCAUCGACAUCGUGGCCAUCAUGCCCUACUUCAUCACGCUGGGGCUGGAGUUAGCAGAGCACCAGGGGAACGGACAGCAGGCCAUGUCGCUGGCCAUCCUCAGGGUCAUCCGCCUGGUCCGGGUUUUCCGGAUCUUCAAGCUCUCCAGACACUCCAAGGGACUCCAGAUCCUCGGGAAGACCCUGCAGGCCAGCAUGAGGGAGCUGGGACUGCUUAUAUUCUUCCUCUUCAUAGGGGUCAUCCUCUUCUCCAGCGCGGUGUAUUUCGCGGAGACCGACGACCCAGAGUCGGGCUUCAGCAGUAUCCCGGACGCGUUCUGGUGGGCGGUGGUGUCUAUGACAACGGUGGGCUACGGGGACAUGUGUCCUGUUACCAUCGGGGGUAAAAUCGUCGGCUCCCUGUGCGCAAUCGCCGGAGUGUUGACCAUCGCGCUCCCGGUGCCCGUCAUCGUCUCCAACUUCAACUACUUCUACCACCGGGAGACGGAGCACGAGGAGCAGUUCCAGUACACGCAUGUGACCUGUGGCCAGCAGCAGCCGCAGUUUGGGGAGUUCAAGAAGAGCGACAGCAAGCCGUCUCUGUCCAAGUCCGACUUCCUGGACAGCGAGGACGCGGACUCCAUCAAAUACACCAACUGCAGCCCGCACAAAGCCUACACCGGGAAGCUCACCGAUGUUUGAUUUUGACCCACAAUUACGCACCAGUGGCGCGCUGAGGGAACCUUUCAGUGCCAUCCCAAACAUCCUGCGCUCUGGUUUGAGUUUAGACUGGCGAGCUCCUCAUUUAUGCCAUCAAAGGGAUUCAUUUAAAUCACCACAGUGGAUGGAUUAUAAGGGAACUCUCUCCCCCUUCCCCGAAACCAAACAGUCUUCCAUUAUGCGCGUCAUGAGCCGGGGGAAACGCUUUGAAAUGAUCAGCCUUUAGCCAGUUGUAGCACUUUAUUAUUAUUAUUAUUAAUGUUUCUCUUAGUAUAUGAGUAAUUUAUUAUCGUAAUAAUGCAGGUUUAAAGUUUACAUUUGCUUUUCUGUUUAUCUGAAGCAGAGACACAACACAGGACCAAUGAAAUCUAAAUUUACAGACUGAAGAAGGAGGAAGCAGGAGCUGGUGGCUGUUUUUAUUAUGAUCCCGCCAACACACACACACAAGCACGCACACACAUGCACACAUACACCUGUUAUUUCACCCUUGUGUAUUUUCCAUUCAGGCUGGAUGGAGCCCAGUGGUGGAUCAGAUGAUGUGCAGCAGGCUGAAGGAAUCAAUUAUUCUAAAAUUAAACGACUUUAAUGCCAGAAUUUAUUUUAACCACUAUUCUAUAACCGGUGUAAGACACGUUCACCCUGCUGUUGACAUGCAGAUUCAAAUUUUGCAGGCUUAAAUUAAAUAAAGGUUAAAUCCUCCACUCGAGCCUAUUUGUAAAAUGAUGAUGAAAUCAGGUGCAGCUUUUCCAAACCAAGAGCUCCACUGUGUGGAUGAAAAGGGGCCCUGCAUCUCCUAAGUGGAUGCAGUUUCUAUAGCAACCUUCCAGACAUUUCUGUAUUGUCUGCCACAGGAAUGAAAGGAAGCUGAAGCUGUAGAGACGUGGCUCAGCCAGGCCAGAAAACCACCAUGUUGUGGAAGCCUCCAUGUUGUUUGAUUUCACCAGCUGAAUCUAUCGAGUGACUUCAGCCUUCAACAGUAAAAAUGAUCGAAUAUAACACAUUACAGGUGUUUGACCUGUUGACCUUGCACCUUACAGAAAAUGUGAUCCACCGAACUGGGCUGCAACCAACCAUUAUUCUAAUUAUCAGUUAUUAUUGGCUUAAAUAAUUCAAAAAUAAACAAGUCAAUCACAAGUUCCCAGAGCCCAAAGUGAGAUUUUAAAAGAAAAAGAUAAUGUUUUGGAUGUUUUAGAGCUCAAAAGAUAAAGAUUUUUCUGGCAGAUUUGGACUAUACAGACACUGAUAUCUGAGGAAAACUAAAUAUCUCAGCUUAUAUUAAGUUUUUAUAUAAACAAAUAUUUGUUUUGCAUUUAAGUGUUGAGCCAGGAUAUUUAACAUUAACAUAAAACACGAGAGAAACAAUAAAGUUUGAACAGCAAAGCUCACUGGAAUAAGCAAAAUUACCUUUAAAUGAAAAUCUUAGGAUGUAGAAAAAUACCUACACAUUUGGCCAAUAAGACAGAUUUAUUAUCGGUUACUUUUUGAUUUACAUUUCAGCCAAGUAUGGACGCAAAACAAUGCCAAAAUUGGAAUGUUUUAAAUUGUGAUUACAUUUCACAAUUAAUUAUUCAUUCCGUUGUUUAUAACGAUAAUUCCCAAUUCAGGAAAUUCAGUUCCAAUACUCAAAAAAACUUUAUUGAAGUUUAUUGAACACAAAAAAUUCAAACAUUCAAAUCUUGGCUACUGAGUAGUCAAUUUCAAUAUGCUGAUGUAGAUCAUGUUAUAUGACUGAAAGACGAGAUUGCUAUUGCUAUCUAGAACUAAAAUGUGUUUAGAAAAAUGGAAAUUUGAACAUCUUCAAUUCCGUGUGAACUUCUGUAGAUGAAGUGCACAUUGCAGAUGUUCAAAUUUCCGUUUUGAUUUCCGUUUUUGAAACAGCAAAACUUAAAGAUAAUUCAAAUUAUUUAAACUCAUUAGAUGCAUUUUCAAAGUAAAAGUUUUCAAUGCCAUAAAUUCAGUGGUAUUUGAAUGUCAACAUUAGUUGAUAUUCAGUUAGACUACAAUUAAAAUGUUGGCAUUUAUUUGCUUCCAUAGUAACGCUGAUACCAGGACUGAUACCUCUGAUAUCAGGUGGUAUUGGUGUGCUGAUGUUUUGAGCUCUGAUGUUUUAUCUAUAAGAAUCUCAACUGAUUUGUCUGAAUAGAUCAAUAUUUUAGCACUUGCCCCGAUAUUGUGCAAACAGUCCUUGUUAGAUUAAGAACUCUAUACUCUAUUGCGCAGUAUAAAAAAAACAAAACAGGUCCCCUGUUGGGUUUGAGGUUUCCAUAAUUAGCUCCGUCAUUAUAGCACCAAACUCAUCUGGACUCCAGAGACGAAUCGCCUAACCAAACCUGAUGGGAAAAAAAGGAGAAUUGUUAACAAACUGAGGGAAUAAAAAUGGUCCCAGACGACGUUUUUUAACAGUGAAGGUCACAUGUUCAUCGUCCUGUGGGUUGGAUUAUUAGCUGAUGGAUUGAUGGACGGAGGCCGAAUGGAGUUUAACUGCUGGAUCAUCAACACACAGACGGACAGAAGGACGGACGACUCUUCAACUCAGACGACCAUCAGAUUCAUAGCAGCAGAGGGCUCAUCAUACAGAGAGGGGAAGAACGAUGAGCCGCUCCUCCACCUUGCUUUUCCCUUUCACUGCGCCUUGUCAACCCAAAAGAGGACAACAUCCCUGCUUCCCCCUAGCCCUCUUCUUCUUCACUCUUCCUCUGAUGAGGUUGAACUAAAACAAACUCUGGACACAAACUCUGACACUCAUAGGAAACACGGAGCUAUGAGACGCCUUUCCAUUACAAGAGGACUCCUGACAGAUCUUUGCACAGAGCAAAGCUACAGUGGGACUCUGAGGUACGAAAAACAUUACUUGAAUCAUCUACUCCAUAUAUUUACAACAUGUCUGCUGGCUAACGGAGUCCUCCAUAUAUUCAUUGGUAGAUGUUUUUUGGGAGAUUGCUCCUCUUGCUGUAGAGAAAAAGAACUUGUAAGUCCUGUCUGUACGUCGCAUAUCAUAUUCAAACCAAAACGUAUUAUUGCAUGCUUGGAAAGUAGAGCAUGUAAACAGAAGAACACAUGUUUGACUUUUGUGUUGACGGCUCAACCCAGCACCAUUAGUCUGAACAACAACAACAACAGCAGCUCAUCAAUAUCAAGUUUAUUCAAAUAAUUCUGUUUGACUGGUGGAGUUAGUUGCUAAAUCUAUAUUUUUAGUAUCAUACUGUAUAUGUUUUAUAUGGAGAGGAAUUGGUUAACCAUGUGAAUUAUUUUUGAUUACCAUUUUUGCUAAUGUGUUUUAAUUAUCUUGUUUUAAUUUUUGCCUUGGUAAAAACAAAAGCAGCUCCAGUGGGCAGCUCUGAUGAAAAUGUCUGCCUGCCAAAAACACUUUUAAAAAAUGAGAGACACAACUGCCCCUACAAGAAGAUUGUUGGUGUGAAAAAAAAGACAGUUGAAAUGCAUUUUUCGCAGACAUUUGACAUCUGAUUUUCUUCUAAUAAUUUUGAAUGUUUCUGAUAAAAAUGCUGUAUAUCUGUUAUAUCGAUAACAUCUACCUCAGUGUCCGCUCAUUAAUGACAGAAGCUUUAACACCUGAAUGACGUCCCUCUGUUAUCUGAACACUGUCAUCAGAUCUGGAUUGAGUUUCGAAAUGUCUCUCUAAUUAUCGGGUGCAAUUAAAUAAAGCCAAACGCUCUCUAAAUUAACAUUUUAAUAACUUGGAGAAGUCCGAAUUAAUGCAAAAGAUGCUAAAGGAAAUGUAUUGGGAACCAUAUUUAACUAGGGAUGAAGAUUUAUGAAGCCAAUAUUGGCCUUUUUAUUAAAUAUCAGAUGUCGUCCAACGGCGUGGAGAUCAUGAUUUUGUUUGCACAUUUUAAUUUAUUUGUGAAAUUGCUAAAAACUGUGUGAGCGAGUGUGACUGUUUGAAUUAAUUGUUGAUUUAAGGGCAAUAAUGUACUGCAGAGGUUUCCUACCAUUGAAUAAAUGGAGUGGGGCAGCCUGUCUUAAAGUAACUGCUUAACCUAAUACAAGAUGUCUGUGAAGAUUCUCAGUCAUCCAGGUCAUAGUGAUCCAAGGAAGGUCAAAAAUCAAGGGCAACUGGACUUGGUUGAAGAUACUCAAAGACAUUUUGUCAACUCAGGUCAAGACUCAGCAGGUUACUUACAUCUGAAGGAUAAAGAACACUCUUUUGAGGACCACCAGUUGCAAAUUUUGGACAGAGGAUGGGUGGUUUGAAAGAGGUGUAAAGAAGCCGUUUACAUCUGGGUUGAGAACCCAUUGCUUAACAGGAGAGGAGGUCUGCAACACCCCUUAUAAUGCUGUCCUUUCAUCACUUCCCAGGAAACUAAACAAAUAUUCACUUUUGGCCUCAGGUGAAGAUGCCAGCGAUGGUGGUUCAGACUUUGCCUCAGGUGGCUCCAACAACCAUAACAACUGUUGUUGUUACAAGACCAGCGAUCAUCUUGACCGCACAGACGACCCCACAGAGGUUAAAUUACUGAGUUUCCCUACCAGUAGGUCAGACUGAAGAAGUAUCUCACAUGAAAGACAAAAUGUCUGAGUAUCUUCAACCAAAUGCAGUUGCUUUGAUUUUAACCUUCCUUUGUUAACAUAACAUAGUUUGAGUGGUGGUGAUGGGGCAGUGGAUUAGACACAUACCUAUGGUGAGGCGUGCGACCUCUGACAUAUAUAGCAAUUGUAAGUCACUUCUAUUAUUAUUUUUAUUAUUAGGUUUAAAUGGAAAUGAAAUUUUAUGUGAGGAGAUGGUCUAAAUACUGUGUCAUAGUUUUUCACACCCUGACAAGAAUCUAGUCCUGGGGGUGAUGGCAUUUAUUGGAAGAAUGGGAAAACCUGCUGUUUAUUUGACUCCGCCGGAAAGUGACAAAGAUAUUUCCUAAAAUGUUGAACUUGUUAUUGGUACUAGUCGUUAAAAACAUUGUUAACAUCUUGUUGUAACUCUGCUUUGCUUAGACAUAAAAACAGCCACUGGUGAUUUAUUUUUGACAGAGGCACUGAUGAUCUGUGACUGGGCAUUAGUUGUGAUAAUUAAUGUAUUUUGCAUACUGUAUGUGCAUCAAUAAUAAUACAGCAUUUCCUUUGAGAGUGCAGAAAUGUCCUUAUGACUAAAGACUACAGUCAGCCUGGUCAGAUUCCCAAAUAUUUAACCAUCACUUAAUAUUUCCUACAACAGCCAUCGCGACGUCUUAGAGGACAUUCUUCAUUAUCAGCUGCAGGGUUCAGUUCAGGCUUGUCAUAACUGUCUCAUUUUCAUGCAAAAAUAAGAAAAAGCAAUAGUGUGAGUGAUUUCUGUGCUCUGGGAACUUCAGUGUGGAAGCAAAAACGCAUUUUGAUUUCUUUUCCUUUUCCUUUUUAUUUUAUUUCCAGUUAUUGUUGCCAUGUUUAUUUUGACAAUCUUCAAUUGUGAUCUAUUUUUGAUAAAAUAAAUCUUUAAUCCUGAUCAGUUUCAAUCUCCAUGUGUUUCAGACGACUACACAUGCAGAUGUGUCAUUUUCUGUUUCAUGUGCCAUAGACAUUUCCACAAGAUGGUGAGGUUGAUUUUAAACUGUGCACUUUUAAUGUGUGUGAAUGUGUGUGUUUGGUCAAUUGGUUAGAGGAUAGCAGGGGAAAGACCUUUAAAGUCCGCAUGAAAUUAAACAGCAUUUGUUUGUCUGCUACAGCAUACAUUGUACAUGUAUCUGCUCUGUAAAUCACCUGUGUUCUUAGAAAAAAAAAGAGAAAUCUGAAGGUAGAAAAUAAUAUUUUAUACUUUUGAUUUCAGGGUGGUGCCCUGUAGUUUUGCAUUAAUUCAAUCGAAUACUAUCAGGUCGUCUGCGUAAAUGAUGAUUCUUAUUUUAAUACAGCCAUUCUAAUCUUGCAUAAAGCAGUUAUGUCAUUAUUUUAUUGGCAGAGAAGACGGUCACAUUGAGCCAACCAGAGCCACAGACUCUGAACAACAUCAACAACCUACAUUAUCUUCAUGCUCAAGUCUGCUUCUUAUCGAACUUACAAACACAAGCACAUUUCUUGACCUGCAGCUUGUUUGACGAGCGACCAAACAAACAGUCUCUGGGGAAAAGUUCACCGAUAACAUUUUUCAGGCACGAUAGCUAAUUAGCUGCAGCACAUUAAACAGCAGGUAAACGUAACUGCAAAUGACACUUCGGUCUGGUAAGAUGCUGCUGUGGUCCUCACUCUUCAGUACCACAAACAACACGCUGCCCAUGACAUGUGGCUACAGAUCAAGUUUGUUUACUUUGUGUAAUCUUUCCUACGGUGUAACACCAGCACCAAACAGCCUUCCAGCUGAGGUUAAUCAAACACUGACAUGCCCCAUCAGUCCAGCUUUUUUUGUUUUGAUAAUAAAAAAAAACUAUUUAUAUAUGUUGACAUUAUUUUUUACUACAAAAAGGGAGAACUACAUGUGACUUCAGUUUGUAUUUGAGUUUGUGUGUGGUAGGAAGCAUCCCAGGUAACCAGAAAUUUCAGUGAUUGGUACAAAAUGUCGGCUGGUCAUACAUUUCUUUUAUUUACUUACUUCCAUUUUAGUAUAUAAUAUACACCUUCUAGACGUGGCCUUUCAGGGCCCUUAAACAAAAGCAAGAUGCCACUUCAUCCGCGGUCACCAACAGCAGCCACUUGCACUUUGAAGGACAGAGUGAAACAGAAAGACAGAAAGAAAUCAGACUUAAGAUUUAAAUGUAAAUCAUGUUUUGUAUGCUGAAGGUAACAGUCAUUGUCUGAAGGGAAUAUGGAAAAUACAUUUCAUUUAAACCCUCUUUCUGAAAUGUGGUCAUCAGCAAAUAUGAAAAAUAGGUUAAAUCCUAUAGUAUUGCUGGUAUCUGCAUCGUUCUCUAUACUGUAAUGACUGUCUGGAAGUAGGAAGACAAUGUCUUAGCCCUAACCUUAACAAUCUAUAGAUGGCGUCAAAUACCUCUGCUUUGUCAUGUCCUUCAGCUUCUGGUACCAACACACACGGCAGCCUUCAGAGUUGUUCAACGCUAAAAGUAGGCUCAGUAUAAAAACUUAAAAGUUCAGAGCCACUUUCACACUACUACGCCAAUAUGCCGGCUCGCUGCUCUGUAUGAAAGGUACGGAGCUGGAGAAAUGGGUCAGAUUUGAUCCGCCUCUGAGCCGGGAACGUUGGUAGUAACAGAGCCAGAACAAGGUCUCUGUGAAGGGCCAUAGCCAGAUACCUGUAACGAUCUUUUUCUGACAAGCUGCUGGAGUCCAGAAAGCCGGAUCGCUAUGUGAAUACACAUAUGGUUGCGGGAUUAUGCUGCAAACUUUUGUUUAGUAUGAAUGAGUGAAUUGGCGGAUAUCCUUUCCGCGUUUAUUGUGGGAACUCUGUUUGGUAGCGACUGAAUUAAUGAGCUGGUUGGGGUGGACUUGCGGGUGAGAAACUAGACUUUUACCCAGGACAUUUUAUUAUGUAUUAUUGAUAGCUUCACCACAAAUCCCUACAUGUGCAAAAAAAAAAAAAGAGGGUUAGAGGGUACACAGGGCGUUAAAAAAGUGACGCCAAGGGUGUUGACAAAGUUUCCAUAUGUGACGUGUUGGGGAUGAGAACAGGUUGGGACAUUUGUUUGGGGGAGUUUAUUGGGACACUGCUGCCAGAAACAGUUUGGGGCCAAAUACAUAAUUCUGUAUUCACUACAUAUCCAUGACUUUAUAAUGAUAUUUAAAUGCUAUACAACGCUUAACGCUCCUAAAAUAAUUGAAAUUGAAAAGAAUAAUGUAUUCAAGGCUAAGGAUUGGGGUAGAGUUUGGAAAUGUUAAGUCGUGUUGUGAAAUGCUUAAGCUGCAGAAAAACAAGCAGGGGUCACUUGCAGUACAUACAGUUAUUCAUCUAUAAGCAAUAAUCCAUAAAAUAUAAAAUAUCAUCAGUAAAGGUGAUUUGUCUGUUUGUUCACAUCUGGGCAUAAAAAGUUAAUAGUGCCUUAAUCAUAACCUGAUUCAGUUAAUAACCCUGUCAAAUGCAUCUGAAGUACCAUCAAAGAAGAAAGUGUGUAUUUAUAUUAGCACUGUAGGGUUUGUAAUCGACUGGUUGCACACAGAAAUAAUGUAUUGUAAAUUAAUGUAUUGAAUGUACAGUAAGUCGUCUUCCUAGUUAGUGUUUUGAGAGGAAAGAAAUGUGAUAAAGUAAAAUGAAAUCUCUCGAUAUUCUGUGGAAGCUCAAAGUGGGCAAGACUGCUAAUUUCUUCAGGCCUGUUAUGUUGAAAAAUAAUUUGAUUUUUAUGGUAAACUUAAUUUAAAGUUUUAUUGAAUUAUAAAGCAGUUAUUACACUGUUCCCAGAGGUCUUUGGGGAUUCUGUAAUUCGUAAGAAGUUUCAAUAAGUUCAGAGUUUUCGCUGGAUAAUUCAAAUUUGUGUCACCAAACUCCUGACAAAAUAAGAUAAGUUGCGAUAUAGGUAUUGUAGGCUUAAAAAUAUAUUUGCAAUCAUGUCCAGUUUGAGCUUCUGUUGGUGACUUAUUCUUUUUAGAUUUCUGACAUUCCUCACCCGUCUCGCUCUGAGAGUAAAACUGUUGAUUGUGAUCUUUAUCAUGUCUUUAUACAAUCUGUUGUUUUUUAAUUUUAUUUUAGCCCUAGUGCUAAAGUAAUGACCAAUUAUUGUUAUUGAUAACUUAAACUAAGUGAAAGUUAAUAAAAAAGAAAGUUAAACCCUUUCCCUAAUUAGGACACAUUUGAAGCCUAAAAGUAAGCUGAUGUUUAACUUAAUUAUUCAUUGUUCAGUAGUUUGACAGGAAAAUCAAAUCUCCUCACUUACACUUACACUUACUUCCUAUUUCAGGACUUUCAACAGCAUCACCUUAGUAAUGAAGCUCUGGAAAAAGCUGUUAAGUGGAUAUUAAGUUUAGAUUAGAUUUGUCAAAAUGAGUUGAUGACGUUUUAUAAAAUAAAACCAAAUUCAGAAAGUCAAUAAAAAUAAAGAUUAUGAUGAGCUUAAAAAACUAACCCAAAAAAGGAAAAGAAAUUCUGAAAUGACACAAACCAUAAGAUCAACUUGGAACUAAUAAUAUAAUCUUGGUCACAUUAUUUAGCUCUAGUUUCAUAGCUGAAUACACGUGAUGACCAUUUUGAGUGCUGCAUAAAAAGUUGCUUUUUGAAGAAUAACCAAAUGUUUUCCAUAUGUUUCCAAACACUGAAUGAUCUGAAUCUUUCUGACUUUUUUGGGCCGGUGUGAAAGGCUGUGACUAACAGUUGCUUCCAUUAUUGAUUUUUACUCAAAAGAAUGUCAAUAAUAUUGACACAUAAAUUCCCAUCAGAAAAAAGUCAGAAAUUAUGUCUUCAGUUUGGUAUUUUGUUUGAUUUGGUUUUUGUGUUUGAUUUACAGUUUAAAGUUAAAUCGAAACAUCUCUUUCGUUGUUUUCCACAAUGCUGUUAGAAUUCAGAGGCGUGAAGCAAGACUGAGAGGAAGAUUGCAAACACAAAGAAGAAAUAACUUAUCAUAGAUCCUUACUGGCAUGAGUGUAACAAAUGCAAUCUGUCUUCACGUACUUGGGGUCAGUCCUGUAUUCAUUCACUGAUCUGUGUGUUUGUCUCAUGGUGUUCCUGCUUCUGCUAAUAGCUGAAACAACAGUGACAACAAAAAACAACUUUGUCUGCAAAACCUCGACUUGUGUUCUGUGUUUAAAAUAAUAAUUUAUUUUUGUUGACUUGAGUAUCUGUGUGUUUCACUGUAUGACAGGUACAAAGUUAAGUCUUUCAUAAUGUAAUAAAUGUAUGGCUUGGGAUCGUACAUCCGGUAUAUGCACAACAGUCAUUCUGAAUACUAGUUGUGACUAAGUUUAAUGUGGCCUUUUCUUUCUCUUUAAUGUACUGCAAUGUUGUAAAUUAUUUGUAUAAUAUGACCUAAUAUAUAUUAAAGUUAACAAGGCUUUAUGUUUCUACCACCUAUGUUUAAUAAAUAAAUGAACUGUG